UUCGGCACCGGUUCCGGGUGUGUGCUUGAGGGUGGCGGCGGGUUGGCGGCCUCCUUGCGCGGCGCUGAGCGGGAGCGCGGGGUUGCAGGCGCCCCGGUGUCGUGAGGAGAAAGAUUGCACAAAGACACCCAGAGACUGUUUGACUAAGACCAGGAUGGAAGAGUUUGGUGGGGACCUUCUCAUCCAGAGAGAUGCCGUCCUGCCUGAGUUGUGCUGUGAUCACUUCAGCAUAACAAACCUGGUGGAAGUGCUGAGAUCUUUGGUGGCUUUAACUGACCCUCAGGAGGGGAACCUGACUCAGUCUCAAGAGAAAGCACUAAACUCGCUGGUCAUUUUGAAACCCAUAUUUGCAGCUGUUCCUGGGCCUACAUCAAAGACCUCAGUGGAGUGGCAGCUUGAAGAUGGGAGAUCAGGAUGCAGGUGAACCCUUUCUGGGGAUAGUGGCUGGUGAGGCCAAAGACCACGAAGGAGCUGUACCCUCAGACACAGUGUCCCUCAGCGAUUCUGAUUCUGAUGAUUUGGGGUUGGCAGAUGAAGCAGAAGUUGAUACAAUAUCUCUUGAGGAGCCGUCUGUAGAUGAUGGGGAUUGCAGAUCAGCGGAGACCCCUGACUCUUCAAACAGCAGUCACAGAUCUCCUGUCCAGCCAUUCCAUCUGAGGGGCAUGAGUUCUACGUUCUCCCGCCGUAGCCAGAGCAUUUUUGAUUGCCUGGAGGAGGCAGCCAAGUUGUCUGUGCCCUCAAUGCCUGAAGAUAAUGUUGUUGAUGGGAGGUUUAAACGUCCAUUGCCUCCAACCGCAGCUGCAGGUAGCAUGGUUCUAGAGAGCCUGGGAAAGCAAGUCAAAGCAGUGCAGGCUCCCAAAACCUCUCCUGCAGUGCCUGACUAUGUGGCACACCCAGAGCGCUGGACCAGAUACAGCCUAGAUGGAGUUUCAGAGUCUAGUGACAAGACUAACAGGGCAGUGGCCAUGGAAUUUCUAGAGGGUCUGAAGAAAAGAGGGAAGGAACAAAGCUCAGCUACCCAAGAUAGCUACACCCCAUACUUCAACCAGGACCCUUCCAGCUGUGGAGCUGGGAGGAUUGUCUUCUCCAAACCAGCAAAAAGGGGUGUGGAUGGACUGGAAAAGAAAACAGCAGCAGCAGGGGAAGAUUAUAAGAAACAUGUGAAAAUGGAUAUGAAAGGAAAAUCUCUUAGGAAGACUGAUGAUUUGAGGGAGGAAGAUAAGGUAGAGCUGGGACACCUAGAUAGUGGAAGUGGUAAGGCAACAGAGGACGAGGAGUGCAUGACGGCAGGGGACCUGAAUGCAGAAGGUAAUCUUAGUGCAAAGUUUAGUGGCGCAGGUGAAGAGCCAUUGGUGGGAACAGUUGGAUUCCACUGCAGUAAGAAAAAGAAUAGGAAAAAUUUCCGACCUAAAGCAGAUGAUGAAGGGGAGGAGGAAGAGUCCUGAAGAAUGGAGUUAACUGGAAACAUCCAAGGACUUGUCUUCAGAUAUGCCUGGUUUU